AAAUGGCGGUGCUAAAUUUAGGCCCUCAUUUCUUCUCCACCUUUCACCAUUCUCUCCCAACAAUCCCCUCCGUCAUCGUCAUCAGAAAUUCUAAUGAUCUUCUGCAUCGUAUAGCUGCAGUUUUCAUCAGUUUCACCAUCAUUUCUGGGAUUUUCUUCUGAUGAAUUAUUAUUAACAUAAUGCCGUCUAUUGAUUCCUUCAAAUAUCAUACUUAUUAUUAACAUAAUGCCGUCUAUUGAUUCCUUCAAAUACCAUACUUUCUCGUUCGCCCGAAUUCCGUCGCCAUGGGCUCUAUUAUAUUGCCUUGUUCUCUGUUCUGUCACCGCCAAUUUUGUCCAAUCCAAAACCGAUUCCUCAGAUGUUUCUGCUCUCAACGUCAUGUAUACCAGCAUGAAUUCUCCUUCCCAAUUGGAUGGCUGGAAAUCAAGUGGAGGAGAUCCCUGUGGUCAAUCAUGGAAGGGAAUCACAUGCUCUGGAUCAAAAGUUACUGAAAUUGAUCUGUCUGACCUGGGACUUUCUGGAUCAAUUGGCUAUAAGCUUUCGGGAUUGGAAUCUGUUACCUACUUUGAUGUGAGCAAAAACAACUUCAACGGAAAUAUACCCUAUCAACUUCCUCCCAAUUUGAAGCUCAUGGAUCUUUCUGGAAAUGAAUUCAAUGGCAACGUGCCCUAUUCAAUUUCCCAGAUGACUGAUCUCAAAGAGCUAUAUCUCAAUAAUAAUCAGCUUAAUGGACAACUGAGUGAUAUGUUUGGACAGCUUUCGAAGCUGACCAAGAUGGAUCUCUCCUCCAAUUCACUGUCGGGUGAUUUGCCCCAGAGUUUUAAGAACCUCUCAACCCUGAGCACUCUGUAUUUGCAGAAUAACAAAUUCACUGGUUCAAUUAAUGUCCUCUCCAAUCUGCCUCUUGAUGAUCUGAAUGUAGCAAAUAAUAAAUUUACUGGCUGGAUUCCUAAUGAAUUGAAAAACAUUGACAAUAUAAAGACUGGUGGAAAUUCUUGGUCAUCUGGUCCUGCACCUCCUCCUCCUCCAGGGACAAAAAGUGAUACUCGAGCUAGCCAGUCGAAUAAAAAGAAUGAGAAGUCUGGUCUAAGUGGUGUUGCAAUUGCUGGUAUAGUCCUGGGUUUUCUGAUUAUCCUUGGGAUUGUUAUUAAUCUAUUCUCAAGGAGAUCUACGCCACCUCCACAUUAUAUUGAAGAUGAUAUGCUUAGCCCUCGUAGGCCUUUCACUCCACUCUCAUCCAGCGAGUUACCUAGUGAUUUUCAUGCUAAAUCACACAAGGACUUCAGAGAACUGAAAUCAUUCAAAUCAUCCUCCUCAAAUAGAAUAAAAGGUUUACAGGCUUCUCCUUCAAUCAGUCUCAAGCUUCCAUCUUCAACUCGUCUCCAAUCAUUCAGCAACAAUGAAUUUACAAAUAAUUUGGAUGUAAAAACGAACAGUUCAGUCGCCAUUGCCUCUUACUCUUUGGCUGAUUUGCAGACUGCGACUGGUAACUUUGCCACAGGUCGCCUUCUGGGCGAGGGAUCUAUUGGUCGUGUAUAUAGGGCAAAGUAUGCUGAUGGGAGGGUUCUUGCAGUGAAGAAGAUAGAUUCCUCACUUUUUCAUGGGGAACGAGGGGAAAGAUUUGCAGAUAUUGUUUCAAACAUCUCUAAGAUUCGCCACCCUAAUGUUACUGAACUUGUUGGUUAUUGUACAGAACAGGGACAGAACAUGUUAGUUUAUGAGUACUUUAGAAAUGGCUCGCUUCAUGAAUUUCUGCAUCUGUCAGAUGACUUCAGCAAACCACUUACAUGGAACACAAGAGUCAGAAUUGCCUUGGGAACAGCCCACGCUGUUGAGUACCUGCAUGAGGUUUGCUCACCAUCAUGUGUGCACAAGAACAUAAAGUCUACCAAUAUUUUGCUCGACACUGAACUGAAUCCUUGUCUCUCUGAUUGCGGCUUGGCUACAUUUUUUGAGAGAAUGAGCCAAAACCUUGGAACUGGAUAUAAUGCACCAGAAUGUACAAAACCAUCUGCUUACACUGUAAAAAGUGAUGUAUACAGCUUUGGGGUGGUAAUGCUAGAGUUGCUGACAGGCCGAUUGCCUUUCGAUAGUUCAAAGCCAAGAUAUGAACAAUAUCUUGUUCGGUGGGCCUCACCACAGCUCCAUGAUAUAGAUGCCUUGGCAAAACUAGUCGAUCCUGCCUUACAUGGGUUGUACCCUCCUAAGUCCCUUUCUCAAUUUGCUGAUGCGGUUGCUCUUUGUGUACAGUCUGAGCCAGAAUUUCGGCCACCAAUGUCCGAAGUGGUGCAGAUAUUACAGCGGUUAGUUCAAAGAUCCGGUAUCAGCCAAAGAGGAGAUGGUCUUGGUGCAUCUCAACGAACGGAUGAUUCUGACUACUAAAAUUGUUUCCUGGAAUACGAUUAAGUAGAUAGAUAUCUACAUAGAGGAAUGUUCAUUUUGGCGUUUGGUGCAUAUUUGUUAGCAUAACUUGAGACAUUUUGAUAUUCAAAAUAGCAUCAGCAAUUUCAAAUAUUGUUAAAUGUUUAAAAUGAUGUAUUUUCAGAAGCAUCAAAAUUCUGUAUUGAUGUUUAAACAACCUCUCGACCGGAUCGUCUUGCAGGGCGAUUAAAAUCUGUCUUUGGAGCUAAUUCUUAUUAACUCUACAUAUUUGUAUGCUAAA